AUGGCUUCGCCCAGGCUCAUCGCCCUGUUCUUCGCCUUCGCCAUGGCGGCGGCGGCGCUGCAUCCGUCGGAAGCGGCGAGGGUCCAAGUCCAGCAAGCAUUCAAGCCCGCGGCCGCAGGCCAAGAAGCAGCAGGAAAGGUGGCCGACCAAGCAGCAGCCGGCGGCGUGGCACGCCCAUCAACACCUCCGGCGGGCCCGGGCAUCCCCUCUGGCCUACCUCCAAACCUACUGGCCGCCAUCCUGGGCCUGCUUUUCCCGGGGCUGGGCGGCAUCAUCGGCCUGUUGCAGCCACUGAUCCCGCUCCUCCCGCGGCCGGGGUCGUCGUCUCCGCCUCUCCAAGGCGCCGGCAAGCUGGGUGCCAGCUUGACGUCGACGUCGUCCACCCCUCAGCCGCCCCAACCGACGGAGUGCAUGACGCCGCUGGCGGGGAUGCUGCCGUGCACGGACUACCUGACCAACAUCACCGUGCUGACGCCCCCCGGCGAGUGCUGCGACGGGCUCAAGUCCGUCAUCAGGGACGCGCCCAUCUGCCUCUGCCACGGCAUGAACGGCGACAUGAACCAGUUCUUGCCCAAGCCCGUCGACCCCAUCCGCAUGCUCAUCCUCCCGCUCGCCUGCGGCACCAUGCUGCCGCUCCAAACGCUCUUCGCCUGCAACUGUGCCGCCGAUAAUGCCUCCUACGCCAGCAGAACCGCCAAUGACGCCUGCUACACCUCCUUCAGCGUCACCGUAGGUGGUUUCGUCGAGUUUAGAUGCUGGUAG